ACGGAGACAGGAGAGCAGGCAGAAUCCAAAUGCUCUUAUGUGGCGAGCGGAGCUGAAAUCUGUGCGCAACUGGAUAAAAAAAAAAGAGAAAAGUGGGGUCCGGAUGGAGCAUGAAAUAACAGGAAUAUCACAUGCUGGGUGUUUUCUCUUAAAUGGAUUACAAAAGGAAUAUGACAUGCAGUCGGAUUGCCCAAUUCAUGAGUGAAUUCGGAUACUCAAGGUAACAACUCCACCAGUGUGAAACAGGAAGUGUCGUCUGUGAGCAGCCAUGGGCCAGAGAGCUGCGCUUCUGCUCAGUGAGCUGCUGCUGCUGCUGCUGACAGCCUCACGCACUCUCCUCGCAGUCAGCUUCCCAGAGGACAUCGUACCCCUGGACGUCGUUGACGCACACUUUUCACGGAGGUACCCAGUGUUCAGAGGCAGGCCCUCUGGCAACGAGUCACAGCAUCGCCUGGACUUUCAGCUGAUGACCAAGAUACAGGACACACUGUUCAUCGCUGGCAGAGAUCAGGUGUACCUAGUCAGUCUGAGAGAGUCCUACAGGAAUGAGAUCAUUCCUUACCGGAAGCUAACAUGGCGAUCGGGCCAAGCUGACAGAGAGAUGUGUGCCGUCAAGGGAAAACAUAGAGACGAGUGCCACAACUUCAUCAAAGUGCUGGUCCCCAGAAACGACGAUCUGGUUUUCAUCUGUGGUACCAACGGCUUCAACCCCAUGUGCAGAUACUACAGGCUGGAUAACCUAGAGUUAGAUGGAGAGGAGAUCAAUGGUCUGGCACGGUGCCCAUUCGACUCCAAGCAAACCAACGUUGCCCUUUUCGCUGAAGGGAAGCUGUAUUCUGCCACUGUAGCUGACUUCCAGGCCAGUGAUUCUGUCAUCUAUCGCAGCAUGGGUGAUGGAUCGGCCCUGAGGACUAUCAAAUAUGACUCCAAGUGGCUGAAAGAACCUCAUUUCCUGCAUGCAGCAGAGUAUGGGAAUUAUGUGUACUUUUUCUACCGAGAGAUUGCAGUGGAGCACAGCAAUCUGGGCAAGGUUGUGUAUUCUCGCGUGGCCCGGAUCUGUAAGAAUGACGUUGGCGGGUCACAGCGAGUGCUGGAGAAGCACUGGACAUCUUUUGUGAAGGCGAGGCUCAACUGCUCCGUGCCAGGGGAGUCCUUCUUCUACUUCGACGUGCUUCAGUCCAUCACUGACAUCAUCAACAUUAACGGUGUUCCCUCGGUGGUGGGCGUUUUUACCACGCAGAUGAACAGCAUCCCGGGGUCAGCAGUGUGUGCCUUCUCCAUGGCCGACAUAGAGAAAGUAUUCUGGGGCCGGUUCAAAGAGCAGAAAACUCCUGACUCUGUGUGGACUCCAUAUCCAGAGGAGAAGCUGCCCAAACCUCGACCCGGUUGCUGCGCAGGUCAUGGUCCAGCUGCGUCCUUUAAGAGCUCAAUCGAGUUCCCGGAUGAUACCCUGCAGUUCAUCAAGUCCCACCCCCUCAUGGACACAGCUGUGCCUUCCAUCGGGGAUGAGCCUUGGUUCACCAAGACGCGUGUCAGGUACAGGCUGACAGCGCUGGCUGUGGACAAUGAGGCAGGACCCCACAAGAACUACACGGUGGUGUUCAUCGGGGCUGAAUCGGGUGUUGUCCUCAAGGUUUUGGCAAAGACCACCUCUGUGUCCCUGAAUGACAGCCUGCUCCUGGAGGAGAUAGACGUCUUCAACAGGGCCAAGUGCCUGUCUAACCGCGAGGAUGACAAGCGUGUCCUCUCGCUGCACGUGGACAAAGACACACACAGCCUGUACGUCGCCUUUUCAAGCUGUGUCAUCCGUAUUCCCCUGAGUCGCUGUGAAAGGCAUUCUUCCUGCCACAAGUCCUGCAUUGCAUCAAGGGAUCCUUAUUGUGGCUGGAAACCUCAUGGAGCCUGUGAGAGGAUACAGCCUGGUGUUUUGACUGGAUAUGAGCAGGACGUUGAACUUGGAAACACGGCUCACCUGGGUGACUGUCACGCGUUUUUGGGCACUACUUCAGCGCCAGAUUACAAAUCAUUUGGCGACCCUACCUCUGACAUGGAGUUUUCAUCAGCGCCAGUCACUGUCCAGCCCAGUGGGCCCAUACACCCCCCACUACUCAUACCCACUCAGAGCCCCAGCUCUGGGCCUGGUCCAGAGCUCUACGGCUCAGGCUUUGUGCUGCAGGAUGACCCAGCCACCUCCCAUUCUUUAGACUCUAUCCCAGGGGGCCAAGAGGGUGUGUGGGAUAUCCAAGCAGGUGAGACCAACCAGAUGGUCCACAUGAACAUCCUCAUCACCUGCGUGUUUGCUGCUUUUCUCAUGGGUGCUCUCCUGGCUGGGCUCAUUGUUUUCUGCUACCGAGACUCAUUCCUUCGUAAGCCGAGACAUGUCCACAAGGAUGCAGAGUCUGCACCUUCCUGCUCGGACUCCACUGGAAGCUUUGUCAAGCUCAAUGGCCUCUUUGAUAGUCCUGUGAAGGAGUUCCAAACCAGCAUUGAUUCUCCUAAGCUGUACACCAAUCUGCUGAGCAAUGGCAAAGACCUAAAUACACCCAAUGGUGACACCAAGACCAUGAUCCUGCGAGAAGGCUGUCAGCCCCCUGAGCUGGCUGCUCUACCUACACCUGAGUCCACCCCUGUGCUUCAGCAGAAAGGCCUCCAGCCCAUCAAGAACCAGUGGGAGAGGGCUCAUGGCAAGGUCAGUGGACCCCGUAAGGACUCCAACUCAUCAGCGACGGCCAUGAGUCCUCAGUUCCUUCCUUCCUCUCCUGCUCCUGCCAACUCCCACCACCCUCACCUUGCCCUGGGACACUCCCACAUCCCUAGUGCAGUCGUCCUACCCAAUGCUACACACGACCACCCUAAUCUUGACAAUGGAGAGGAUACACUGCCACAUUCAUCUGAAAAGAAGCAGAAGAACCCAGAUUCCAGGGGUAGUAGGAAAGACCAGAAGAGGUCUGUGGAUGCCAGAAAUACUCUAAAUGACCUUUUAAAACACCUCAAUGACUCUGUGGCCAACCCUAAGGCCAUUCUUCAAGAGGGAUCAGGGCCCCGCCCAAGGCAACAUCUUACAUUGGAGCCCAUGGAGGAACUGACUGAAGUACCUCCCAAGGUGCCCAGCCGAGAGGCUUCCCUGUACUCUCCCUCCUCCUCCCUGCCGAGGCACAGCCCCACCAAGAGGGUCGAUGUGCCCAUGCCCACCACUCCCACCACACCAACGGGCAGCCUGAGCAUGGGGGGCACCCUGGAGAGGCAAAGAGGGGGGUACCAACUCCACCGGAGUGCCUCUCACAGGCAGUCCUUAUCCACCUCGCCAAAUGGGGUAACCAUGGGGGUGUCUGUGUCUCGCCAGCACAGUAUGAACAGAGGUGGUUACAUGCCCCCAACACCCCCCUCCAGACUUGACUCCCAUAGUGGAGUGAUGGGGGCAGGAAUGCACUCACCCCACCCAUCCUCUGUAUCCCGACAGAGCAGCUACAGUGGGCAUGGCUCACUCCCUCGCACAGGGCUUAAACGGACCCCAUCGCUAAAGCCAGAUGUGCCCCCCAAACCCAAUGGGUUUUCACCACAGACUCCACAGAUGCGAGUGGUCAACAAGUACAGUUACUAAAAGAGCAUGGACGCUUCUUAGUGAGCUCUUGGCCUUGACUGUAGAGCUUUGAGCCCUGAGGGCUCGGGGCGGGCUAUGGAUGGGGUAGGGCCUAGUGUGUGUUUGUGUAUCGACUUGAGGUGUGUUUCUCCUUUAAAUGAUAUGCACAUUCACUCACACUAAAAAGGGAAAAUCACACAUGUGGCCAAAGAUACUCGUCUCCCUCCCUUGUCACGGUAGCCACAAGAUAUGAACAGUGGGCAGUGGUGAAUCUGCUGCUCCCCAUUGUAUCUGGGCUUGGGUGUUGCCCGUUCCCAUUUUAGGUACAAAGUUUCAGGACACCAGCAGGGGCUGCUAUGGUGUCUGUGCAUGUGGUACCAGGUCAAAAAACAGUGGAAUACUUGAAGAAUGGGUCUCAUUUGUCACUGCCCUUGAGCACUGUCUUCCCACUAAUGUGAACUGAACAGAGAGAAGAGGUAGGCCAUGCCUUUGUCAGUAAGAUGGCUGGGGGCAGAGGAGAGGAAAAUCAGUAGGCCUAAUCACAGCGUGCGUGUUGCUUAAGAUAAAUAUGACGACAAACAGCUGAAUCAGGCAGCAAGAGAACAGAGAAAGAGUACAAAUGUGUGAGUGUUGGUUGACUGGAAAGCAGGCUUGUGUAAAGGCAGCACAGAUAUUUAGGCCUUAACACUUGGUAAUCAAGAGUGUUGCCACAUGUCAGAGGAUGCACCUUAAGACCUGUCUAAGACCUAAGUCACUGUCUUUCAUUUCAACAAAAUUAUUUCUUCUGUAGUCUCAUUUGAACCCUUGUGAAGUGAGCCUAAACCAUAUCUUUGUGUCACUCUGUGGUGUGUCUGGUAAUAUGGUUAGGCUGAGGUUAAGUCGGUCAUGCUGGUGAAUACUGGGAUAGGUACACUGUAACUCACUGGGAAAUUUUACUUAGUACAUUUGCUGCUAUUGGUUUUACACACAGGUGUUUGUCUUUGGUGCAUUUUCUUUUUCUCUACCUGACUGGAAUAGACCCGUUUGGGUGUGCAUGUCUGCUUCUGUGUGUGUGUGAACGUAUGUGUGUGUGUGUGUCUGUGUGUGUGUGUGUGUGUGUGUGUGUGUGUGUGUGUUAUUUUGCAGAAAGAGGCCAAGUAGUACAGUUUUCAGCAAGCAAACACACUGUUAAAACUGAUACAUGGGAAAUAAUGCUCCUGAAACCUCUCUUAACCUCCACUGCCCAUUCAUAGGAAUUAUACUGGUGGUUCAAGAGACUCCUUUCUUUAUGUAGCAGCGAUUUUACGAAAAAACAAAAAAAACAAAAAAAACACAUUUCUCAUCUCAUCUUAAUUUUCGAACAAAGUGAUUUGCCUUUAUGAUGUUUUACUGUUUUUUAUUUAAAGAAUUUACCAUAUGAAACUAAAGCAACACCAAUGGUUUAGCCCAUGUAUAUGAAUCCAACAUUUCAGGGCACUUCUGCUGUAUUAAACUUUUGUCUCCUCUAAUAGGAGAGCACUAGAAUUUUCCUCCUACAUUAAUCCUAUUAAGGGUAUAUUAAACUGACUCUAGAACAAUACAUGGAUGUAACAUCUCUGUCAUCUGUCGUGCCGUGUUCCCUGUAAAGCUUCCCUGCGAGUGGUCAGUGUACAAUCAACACAACAUUUACCAAUGUGUCCAAAUGAGUCAUGCUGGGAAUGACAAGAUCCUGUAUAUACUUAAAUACUAUAAAUAAGCAUUAUAAAUAUUUUUAGGCAAGUGAACCUGAAUCUGUGCAUUGUGUGCCUUAUUCCCUAAAUGAACUACUACAGUAUAUAAUAUUGGCAAUGUCAAUUGGUCCUCUAUAUGUUAUUGUCAUAUACUAUAUAAAGAAUUUUUAUAUAAAGCAAUUUGAAACUCAGCAGGACAUGUGUUGGAAAAUCACUACCUAAUCUAAACUGACAAAUUGACAAAUGCUCCACUCUUGGAUGAUGGUCAUACAAAAGGAGAGUUAAAAAAAACAAUUAUUUGGAGUAUGAAUCAGUUUUCCUCCUUUACUGCCGGUGAUGAAAAGAAUGGUGUUAAUCCACCACAUAGAUGUGCCAUGCAGUGAAUGUAUUUUCUUGACAGUGGGAUGUAGGGUGGUUAGACCUUGCACUGUGGAGCGGAGUCGGCUCAAUUGCAGCACAUCCUGCCCACAGCCAAUGUAUUAACACAGUGUUCACAUGAAAAGCCGUCUGUUGGCAUGGGUGGCCGUCACGCAGAAUCUGUAAAUCCCCAGGAUUGCAGUGACAGGAAUUGUUUCUAUUGGCCAGUAGGGAUGACUGAGGGAUCAUUUCUCUUAGCAAUGGGUACAUUAUUUGGGUGACAUCUGCAAUCUUAUUCCAGUGUCAGUUGCCUGUUUAGCCCAAAGCCACAUUUUGUUUACAAGUGAUGAUUGUAUGUAAAGACUUUCUGCCUGUCAUCUAACCAGUGUUUGGGCUCUCUUUUUCUACUCGACACAUGCACACUGACAUCACAAACACACACUCACCAUACACUGCUCAACUGCCUUGUACAUUGCAAUAUGAACUGGGUCUUUCUGUUGCAAUCUAAAUUGAAGCCUUUAUAAUUCAGUCUGAGCUCUGUGUAUGUGCAGAUGAACCGGAUUUUGUCAUGUAAUUUUGAUUUAAAUACUGUGCAACAUGGUGAUGCAAGGCCAGCUGUAUAUAUGAUCUCCAGAGUAUUUGAGCGUGUAGAUAUGUUGUAAAGUUGUACUGUGAAUGUGUAAAUAAUAAUGAUGGUCUUUUGUUUCAUAUUUUUCGUUGAUUUUUUUAAC